AUGAAAGGAUCCGAAGCUGAAGCUUAUGCGACAGGAGCUGAAGAAUCUGCGACACAGGUUGGCAACGCUGAAGAAUCUGUGACAGUAGCUAGUAAAGCUGCUGCAGAUGAUGCCAAGAAGAGCGAUGCUAGUAACGCGUUUCAGGCCCUGAGGGUGUUUGAAGAUGCAGAAUAUCAUGGCGCUAAAUUUGAGGAUUUGUGGAACAGGCUUUUUAGCGACUACUGUGCCUACGAUGAGAACACAACCAUCCCCGCCAUGUGUUACACGCACGGUAGCGACUGCGACGUCGCCAGGAUGGACACUCUGCAGGUUUUCUCGGUCAAGGUUGCAUCAAUCAAAAAGGGUCUACGCUGGCCACUGCAAGUGUAUGGUAUGAUCUCCGCCCGCGACGUGGUGGAUCGCAAGCGCAACAUUAUCUUCCACCGCGAGAGAGACGACUGUCAAACCAUCACCAAGCACGAUCGGUACUUAACAUUGACCGGUCCGAGCCGUCCGGUCGUGGUGUCGACGGAUCCUUCCUACAUCGAGGUCGUGCUCAAGGUGAAGGGCUCUACUAAACCAUCAAAGGAUAAGGAGUUGAGCCGCGUAGUAGCGAGAUACCGUGUCGGAUGCAUAGUUACCGGUCUCUACCCUGCCGAGCAUAGCACGCUGGAGCUGAGGUUUGGCCUGGUGGCUAAUUCCAUCGAGGCCACGGUCCACGUAAGAGUCACCGGAGGGUCGUGGCCGGAUGGUUUCAAGGGCGUGUUUAGCGCCGCCAGCGCUGGAAGAGAGGGCGCGAGAGUGAAGCUGCUUGAUGUCGGCGGCAAUGGGUUGCCGGUUGAUGCUGCCGAUGGCAUGAUCAGGCUCUCGCGCCGCGUCGUCUCUGUUCAGAAGGGUAGGAUGCUCAAGGUUUUCGUCUCGGCGUGCUCUAUCGCGGGUAAUGAAAAGCAUUGCGAAGCGUCUUUCGUGGCUGCGGACGCCGGUGUCAGCUCAGGCGUUGAGCUUAAGAUUGCUUCCUGUCGUAUGGAAGCAACUGUUGCCUGGUCCCUCUUCUGUGUGUGA